GAAACCCAGAGAGAGUAUAGUACUACUGUACUAGGGUUUCUGGUCGGAUAGUUCAGACGCCGGAGAGUGCGGGAGCCAGGAGCCGGGAGGGAGGUGACCCUUCGUGGGGAGGCGCGUCAUCACAGAGAUGGGCGCCCCGAAGCAGAAGUGGACUUCGGAGGAGGAGGAGGCGCUGCGGCGCGGCGUGCUCAAGCAUGGCCCCGGCAAGUGGCGCACCAUCCAGAAGGAUCCCGAGUUCAGCCCCGUCCUCUCCUCCCGCUCGAACAUCGACCUUAAGGACAAAUGGAGAAAUUUGAGUUUUAGUGCAAGUGGACUUGGUUCAAGGGAUAAAUUAAAGGUUCCGAGGACAAAAGGGCCUUCAUCUUCCACAUCUCCAAGCUCACAGACUCCACUUCUCCUACCCUCAAAUAAAGUUGCGGAGGCUUUGCCAUCUGCAGAUCCUGAGAAAAACUCUCAGGAUGGAAAGAUUCCAAAGUACAGUUCUAUGGUAAUGGAAGCUCUUCAUGAAAUUGGGGAUCCAAAUGGUUCAGAUAUUGAAGCAAUUUGCCACUACAUAGAGCAAAGGCACGAGGUGCAAGCAAAUUUUAGAAGAUUGCUUACUGCCAAAUUAAGGAGGCUUAUCGCAGCAAAAAAGAUUGAAAAAAUUGACAGGGCCUAUAAGAUCACGGAAUCUUAUGGAGCCAAAUCUUUGCUUGCAACGAAAUCUCCAAGUCCAAAGAAGGAUUCAGCCAAGCCACUGAAGGCAUCGCAGAAAGGAUCAUUGGCUGUUAAGAGUACUGCCCUAGAUGCAGCUGCAGUUGCAGCUAUGAAAGUAGCCGACACGGAGGCUAAAGCACACCUUGCAAAUGAACACAUGAUGGAGGCUGAAAGGGUCCUCAAGCUUGCUGAGGAGACCGAGUCUCUCGUUACACUUGCAACGGAGAUCUAUGAACGAUGUUCAAGAGGAGAGGUACUCACAAUAAUGCAAGUGGCGCAAAGCAAAGCCGCCGCGCAGAUCGCCAUGGCUGCCCCCAACAACAACGAUGCCGCCGGCGGCGCCAGCGCCAGCGGCACCACCAGCGAGCCCGCGCAGGAGGAUACCUCGAUCGAGGCGCUGGCGCGGCGCGUGCAGGAGCACAUGACCCUGGCCUCCAACCCCACCGCCCGCCGCCACAAGUUCUGGGAGACGCAGCCGGUGGGCCAGUUCCGCGACGCCGCCGAUCAUUCCCUCGCCGACGGCGCCAUCGAGCCGCCCACUCCGCUCUCCGAGGUCCGCGCCGACCCCUACCCUCUCCCCGCGGCCUUCGAGUGGUACACCUGCGACUUGGACGACGAUGCCCUCCUCACCGAUCUGUACGCCCUCCUCGCCCACAACUACGUCGAGGACGACGAGAACAUGUUCCGCUUCAACUACUCCCCGGCCUUCCUCCGGUGGGCGCUCCGCCCCCCGUCCUUCUUCCGCGCCUGGCACAUCGGCGUCCGCGCCAAGGAGUCCAAGAAGCUCGUCGCUUUUAUCUCUGGUGUCCCCGCGCGCAUCCGCGCACGCGACGACGUCGUCCGCAUGGCAGAGAUCAACUUCCUCUGCGUCCACAAGAAGCUCCGAUCCAAGCGCCUCGCCCCCGUGCUCAUCCGGGAAGUGACCCGCCGCGUCCACCAGGAGAACAUCUGGCAGGCUGCAUACACUGCAGGGGUCGUCCUCCCGACCCCAAUCACCACUUGCCGGUACUGGCAUCGAUCCCUCAAUCCCAAGAAGCUUAUCGAUGUUGGGUUCUCCCGUCUUGGACCUCGCAUGACCAUGAGUCGCACGGUUCGGCUCUACAAGCUGCCUGAUGCUCCGCUUACUCCUGGGUUCCGCCAGAUGGAGCUAAGAGAUGUUGCGGCAGUCACACGGCUGCUGAGGGCAUACCUUGCGAAGUUCGUGGUAGCGCCGGACUUUGAUGAGAUGGAUGUGGAACACUGGCUGCUUCCCCGGGAGGACGUGGUGGACAGCUACCUCGUGGAGAGCCCUGAAACUCAUGAGGUCACAGAUUUCUGCAGCUUCUACACGCUGCCCUCAUCAGUGUUGAACAAUGCCAACUACGCAACGCUGAAGGCCGCAUACUCUUACUACAAUGUUGCCACCAAGACUCCGCUGCAGCAGCUGAUGAACGAUGCACUGAUCGUGGCCAAGCAGAAGAACUAUGAUGUGUUCAACGCACUUGAUGUCAUGGAGAACGAAUCAUUCCUCAAGGAGCUCAAGUUUGGUCCUGGAGAUGGGCAACUCCAUUAUUACCUUUAUAACUAUCGCAUCCGCAAUGGAAUCAAACCAUCAGAGCUUGGCCUUGUGCUGCUAUAGGCCACUCCCACUUGAGACACUGUUCGGGCUAUACAUUUCUUUCUUAGCAGGUACUCCUUGUGUGGCUGGUUUAGCAUGUGUCUUUUCUGGUUGCUAUAGGUAAUGAUUUGAUUCCCGUCAUGCUGUUGGUUGCUCGUUUUGCUUAUUAUGGUAGUAGAUCUCCUUCAUACGAUUGCCAUGCUUGUUUCGUGGAAAUCCAAACAUUCACAAAUGAGGAGACUGGAAUUAGAAAUUCGGUGUUCUUCCCUUCGUUUUAAGACUUAUUUUUUAUUAGUAACCUUGAGUUUGUAUGGUUCAAAACAUGUAUGAUGGCGCUGGUUUACCAAGAAAUUUUGAUAGAACUUGUGCUAUGCCAA